AUGUAUGUCAAUCAUUUUUCGUCACGCGCAAUCUCGAAUGUAGUGUUCCUCAAUCUCGAUGUGUCCAAGUCCUUUUGGGGUGCCAGUGCCCAAAGCGACUUUGAUAGCAGCCUGAUUGUCGAUGUGAAGGCUGGGGGUGCCUGCGAGAGAAGAAGGGUGUUUGCCGGUUCCGGGCGUGGACUUAGUGGGUGUGCCAUGGAGGUUGAAUACCGUGAGAAUUUUGUCAAUGUAACCCUCCUGACCAAUUGA